AUCCAAUGAAAAUGUUCUUUUAAAGGAAGUUUCUUUGCCUGGUUUCAUUCACAUUUUGCGAAAACUGCUGAAAUAUGUGAGUGCGUGCGUGUGUUGCAGAAGUUGCAGUCGUUAACGUAAAUACAAACCCAGUUAAGUUUGUUUGCGAGGUCUGGCGAUGGAAUGUGAAGUGCACCAGUGACCAGUGACGUUUUGUGCACUCUGGUGGCACAUUUUGAAAUCAUUCUGUGGGAAGAACCAUCAGCUGAUCUGAACGCUCCGUGUCGUCUGCUGGCUGCUGGCCUCCUUAGUCGAAUGGCAGCUGUGGAACGGUGAAUUAGUGUGCUUGUGUCUCUGACAACAGUUUCCAUAUUUUCCUUGUGUUUCCGUUUGAUUGCUCACAUGAUGGCGGAAUGAUGUGAAACUUGAGGGCGACGUGUGUUUGAAAUGAAGAGACGUUGCAAAAAGUUGGGAAUUUCGUAAAGCAAGACGCGAAUGGUUGUGCGCCAGGACGGGAGUGAGGCGAAGGUGCUUACAAGUCGUAGAGCUGAAAAGUGAAGCGAAACAGCUCUCAGCGAUUUUGUCACACAAAUAUUUCGAAAUAGUCGUUUGCGGUGAUAUCUGGUCUGCACUUAUUUUAUUAUAGUCUCGCCGACCUGAUUUUCAACCCUUCGAAGCAAUGAGUGGGGAAACAUUACAGUUCGGUUCCGCGGAGGAGGAAGCGGAGUUCUGGAAGAAGAAAGCCCUCGAGUAUAGACAGAGUCUUGAAGAGACAAGAGAGGAAUUGGAAGAGUUUCAGAAUGGAAGCCGGGAGUUGGAGGCUGAGCUUGAGGCUCAGCUGGAGCAAGCCGAAAACCGCUGCUCUGAGUACAAGUCUCAGAUUAAUCGGCUAGCGAUCGAAAACGAUUCUCUUAAGGAACGAUACGAGCGUGUACACAACGAAUUCCACAACCAGGUUAAAGCCUUGCAAGGUGAACUUAGUGAAAUUAAAACUAUUAAAGAGGACCUCACUCGGUACAUAAGGGAGCUAGAACAAGCUAAUGAUGAUUUGGAGAGAGCGAAGAGAGCCACAGUGACAUCCUUGGAAGACUUUGAAACCAGGUUAAAUUUAGCAAUAGAACGGAAUGCGUUCCUAGAAUCAGAGUUAGAUGAGAAAGAAGCACUGAAGGUGAUGGUUCAGAGACUGAAAGAUGAAGCAAGAGAUCUUCGACAAGAACUUUGUGUUAAAGCAAAAGAAGACUUUGAGCCAGAUAAUGAUAAAGCUUUACAACAGCAACAGAGCAAAUAUCACCUUGAUCUACAGUCACCACAAAAACCUGUGUCCUCAACCAAAAUGCCUACAGAAGAGUCCAUUGUUGAUUCUAAUAAACUUGUUUCGACCACACAAAUAACAGAGUCUGUUCCAAGCACACAUGUUAAAUCUCAUACCCUGCACAAUAUAAACAAUGGUAAUAUCCCUUUGACUCCCUCAGCCAGGAUAUCGGCACUGAAUAUUGUCGGUGAUCUAUUAAGAAAAGUUGGGACCGAACGAGCUGACAUGCGCCUCCCACAUCGCAACCUCUGUGACUCCUGCUUAAAUCUCUUACACUAUUCAUCAAAAUUUCCAAAGGACAGUGAAGUUUCUGAAGAACAUUUAAAGAAGUCCUCACAAGCUAUGAAAAAUUGCAAUAUAGGCAUCAGUAAGCAGUAUCCUGGUAGUGAUUUAAGAGAAACUAAUUCAUCCCAUUUACGUUGUAGGUUAAUGAGCCAGAGAUCCUUUAAAUACCUUUCACAAAAUGACUUGAGAGAGUCAAAGGCAAAACCACAACUAGGGCAUCAAGGAAACAAAUCUAAUUUUAUGUAUAACAGUACUUAUCCGUUAUCGAUAACUAAAGAGUAUUUUUUUUGAAUAUCAAUGUUUGUGAGUGUUUUAUUUUAGUCCUAAUACAGAAAUGAUUCAGAGUGGGAGCCAUUAGGUUUGUACAUAAAUUUAUUCUUAAGAAAUGCUCUUGAUGCAUAACUAAUAAAGCAAAAGAUACUUCUGUGCAAGACAAAGAUUCUGUGUAUAUUUUGCUUAUGAACUUUGCAGUGUGCACCCUAUAUACAGUACAGGUAUAUUAUUUUGCAAUAAGAAAUUGCUUCAGACAUCAGGUGCUCUACUUCAUACAUUUUUCCUUGAAUAUUUAAAAAUGUUCAAUUAUCUCACAUAUGCAUCAAGUGAUAAUAUAAUGAGUGAUUACCUCUCAGGAGAUAAUAGUUCACUUGGCAGCACACAGUGUUAGUGAUGGAUUUCACUGUAGUACGCUGUUGUGAUUUAGCUCUUUUAAAGUGCCCAGAAAAUUAUAUUGCAUCACAGACAAGACAGCAGUGCACGCCACCUUCAUUUAAGAAACUCCAAAUGUACUUAGGUCAUGAUGUGCAUUGCUUGCUUGCUACUUUUACUUUGUAAUUAUUUGAUAUUUAAUAGGAUUGUAGAAAUGUGGAUAAAAGAUGCAUUCCUUCCAGUGUCAGUGAGCUAAGAUGCCAACACUUUUGGUUGUAUAUUAUUCCAAUAAAACAAAAACUUUUAACUGUGUUGUGCAAAAUUUUACUUCAUACAAAGCUGUCGCUAUAAUUUCCUAUUUUAUCUUCCUUGUGUGUGUGUUUUUUUUUUUUUUUUUUUUUUUUUUUUUUGAAAAGCAAAUUUAACCAGGAAAUUAUAAUUUCAAAUUACAGUACUCUUGUCUUCUGUAUAUAAAAUGAUCUUUUUAAAAGUUAGAUUCAUAAAGUAUCUUGUAAUGUUGCUGCUGAAGAAAAAUUGAGAAAACGGAAGUGUUGUCUAAGGUAAAUAUCCUUUCAGACCCCUGGAACGUUAUGAACUGCCACUUUCUUUCCAUCUAUUCCCUAGGUGGUCUCUGCAAGUGCUGUUCUUAAAUUUUCCCCCUCCCAGUUUUCAUUUCUACCUAAAGUAUCCUGGAAAAUCCUGGGUGUUUAGAAUUGUGACUUUUGGCCAAUAAAGAUUGGAGUAGAGUAGUCUUUGUAGAAAAGUUUUUGCCUGUUACAUCAGUAAAAAAGGCCUUGUAUUUUUUGAAAAGGGACCAUUUUUCUACUCUAAGUAAAUAAGGUGUUUUAAAAAAAACUCAAAAGUUACUUUUUCCUACUAUCAUUGCUGUGGUUUUUAGCACCAGUUGGAUUAGUUUCUAGUUUUGUUUCAAACUUUUAUGCUGUCGGAAUUUCCAAAGGAAGUAAAACAUCAUGGGAAGGAAAACAUAUUGAUUACUUUAUUAGAAUUGGAUGAGCCCCAAAAAAUAAUUUGAUAGAAAAGUGACUUAGUCUAAAGGAAUCGAGAUCUUUUCAGUAUGUCUCAAAGGGAGUUAUAAUUCUCAAUAUUGCAGAAUGAAGGGUGGGAUUAGUAAAAAUCAAGGUUUCUAAACCAGGAGGCUUGAAGAACUCCGGUUCAUGAGAUUAAUGACUAGCAUUGUGUGUUAAGUGUACUGGAGUCUUUGACUGUAAGGUGAUGUUAGCUUGCCAAGAGUCAAUUUGUGGUCUGGUAUAUUUUUUCACCUUUUUUGCCAUUGUUACCCAUAUGUAUGUCUUUAUGUUACCAUAAACGAUAGUAUUGUAAUCAAAGGAUGUUGACCAAAUCGUCCUUGAUGUAUUGCCAAGGUUAAAACUUUAAUAUGAAGGCUCAAAGUUCCUUUUAUAUUUUGACAAAAACACGUUAACAGAAUUGGUCCCUUCUAACUUACUAACUGCACCAAAGCGCAAAAAUCCAUUAUUAGUUUUUAAACAAGUUAUAAAAUAACACCAUAACAAGAAACUAUGCAUUCUCUCUCUCUCCUACCAAGGAUUGUUUAUUUUAUUAUUUUAGGAUUAAAGUAACACACCUGUGAUUAUGCAACUUGUAUCCCAUGUUCUAUCCCAAAUUCUAUCAAGUAUGAAAUUUAUUUUUACCAGCAUGUAUAGACAAUUCUAAAUAGCUUUCUUGGUUUCAACUACCUUAUUCAACACCACCGUUGAGUUAGAAUCCUCCCUGCUUUUUUUUUUGCCAGCAACAUCACGUUCUUGUAGUAAAUAUGUAGCCUACAAGGAUUUGCUGUAUCACUUCCUUAAGUCUACUUUAUUUUUUCUUGCUUCAAUAUUUUUCUGUGAAGACUUUCCAGUUGAAGGUGAGAGUGAAUUAUCUUCAUUAUGUCUUUUCAAUACAGUGUAAAUAUAAUUAAUUUUUCCUGUGUUACCUGAUAUGUAUUAUAUAUUGACUAUUAGAUAGCUAUUUUGUCAUAGAAGGACAGUUUACUUUAUUGAUCACAAACUUAAAUAGCUAUUUUUGUGUAGAAGGAAGAUAAACUUUGGUUAUAAAGUAAACUUUGAAAAUUGUGUCAUACUGUACUAUAGGCCUAAGACUUGUUUUUGACAGCUAUGGAAAUCAGUACUUUAUUUUGUAUUAAGAGUUGAUUGGGAAAAGGUAUCAACCUGUACUUAUUAUUUAUAUUACCAUUGUAAACAAUCUGGAAAAUGAAAAUCACUUUGAAAGUAUUUGGAAGCUAUCAUCACGAGAAGUGAGUCACUUAGAAUUGUAAAAUUCUGUUGUUACAACACUGUGCUGAUUUCAUCUCAAUGUGAACAAUCAGAUUUACAUUUUAUAUCCUUAUUUUGUUUAUUAGAUCGGUCUCUAUUCUCAAUAAAAACAGUAUAAGAAAUUA